AAUGCCAGCUCGAAAACUAUGGAGGUCUUUUUACAGUGGGGUGAACAACGAAAUUGCCCACGCGAGGAAAUGAUUUCAUUUUACGACUCGGAGGGAAAUGUUCCCCUGCAUUCGGCUGUCCAUGGUGGUGAUAUCAAGGCGGUGAAAUUGUGUCUGAAGUCGGGAGCGAAAAUCUCAACGCAGCAGCAUGACUUGUCAACGCCGGUCCACUUGGCCUGUGCACAGGGUGCCAUUGAAAUUGUCAAACUGAUGUUCUUCAUGCAACCCGAAGAGAAAGCGGUCUGUCUCAGCCGCACAGAUGUCCAAAAAAUGACACCGCUACAUUGUGCCUCAAUGUUCGAUCAUCCCGAUAUUGUGGAAUAUCUGGUUAAAGAGGGAGCCGAUAUCAAUGCUCUGGACAAGGAGCAUCGCUCACCUUUAAUGUUGGCCGCUUCACGGGCCGGUUGGAAAACCGUACACGUCCUUAUACGCCUUGGAGCGAAUAUCAGCAUUAAGGAUGCCUGUUCGCGUAAUGUGCUCCACCUGGUCAUCAUGAAUGGUGGUCGUCUGCAGGAAUUCGCCGAGGAAGUUUGUAAGACCCAGUCUCAAGCUCAAUUGGAACAGUUACUUAACGAAAAGGACAAUACAGGGUGUUCGCCACUGCACUAUGCCAGUCGGGAUGGUCACAUCAGAUCACUGGAAAAUCUAAUACGUCUGGGUGCCUGUAUAAAUCUAAAGAACAAUAACAAUGAGAGUCCGUUACAUUUUGCGGCGCGCUAUGGUCGCUAUAAUACGGUCAAGCAGUUACUGGAUUCGGAAAAGGGCUCGUUUAUCAUUAAUGAGAGUGAUGGUGAGGGUUUGACUCCGUUGCAUAUUGCUUCGCAACAGGGUCAUACUAGGGUGGUACAACUGCUGCUGAAUCGUGGUGCUUUGCUGCACAAGGAUCAUAAUGGUCGGAAUCCUUUGCAGUUGGCUGCCAUGUCGGGUUAUACUGAGACAAUUGGCCUCUUGCAUUCGGUGCAUUCUCAUUUGCUGGAUCAGGAGGAUAAGGAUGGGAACACCGCCCUCCACCUGGCCACCAUGGAAAACAAGCCCCGGGCCAUUUCAGUAUUACUCUCGAUGAACUGUAAACUGCUCUACAAUCGCAUGGAUCUGAGUGCCAUCGAUUAUGCCAUUUACUAUAAAUAUCCGGAGGCGGCACUGGCCAUGGUCACCCAUGAGGAACGUGCCAAUGAGGUGAUGGCAUUGAAGUCGGACAAGCAUCCGUGCGUGACCCUGGCAUUGAUAGCAUCGAUGCCCAAGGUAUUUGAGGCUGUGCAGGAUAAAUGCAUUACCAAGGCUAACUGUAAAAAGGAUUCGAAAAGUUUUUAUAUUAAGUAUUCAUUUUCUUUCCUGCAAUGUCCUUUCAUGUAUGACAAAACGGAUGAGAAAAGCGGUGAAAAUGCCAUACCAUUGCCGGCCUUAAAUACCAUGGUAAAUCAUGGACGUGUCGAACUUCUGGCCCAUCCACUAAGUCAAAAAUAUUUGCAAAUGAAAUGGAAUUCUUAUGGGAAAUAUGUUCACCUGGCCAAUUUGUUGAUCUACUCGAUAUUCUUGCUAUUUGUCACGAUCUAUUCGUCGUUGAUGAUGAACGGGGUUAAGGUGCAAAAUCGUCCCGCCAGUGAGGGUUACAAUUACAGUACAUAUAACUGCUCCGUUUCCUUUACCGGCAGACCCUCAAACGAUAGCUGGUACGAGGAUUGCUAUGAGAGUAUCGAACAUUCGCCGGCAAUUGUAUUUUGUGCAUUCGUCAUUAUAGCCUAUAUUAUCGGCUUCUCUCUAAAAGACCUCUUUCAAAUCUACCAGCAGCGUCUGCACUAUUUUUUGGAAACCAUUAACAUCAUCCAAUGGAUCCUCUACAUAUCAACAUUGAUUAUGAUAUUGCCGAUUUUCAAAUCGGACAGUGGCAUUACGAAUGUACACUAUUCGGCCGCAUCGAUAUCGGUAUUCUUUUCGUGGUUUCGUUUGCUGCUGUUUUUGCAGCGAUUCGAUCAGGUUGGCAUCUAUGUGGUCAUGUUCUUGGAGAUCUUACAGACCCUUAUCAAAGUUUUGCUGGUAUUCUCAAUAUUGAUAAUAGCAUUUGGUUUGGCCUUUUAUAUUUUGUUAUCGAAGAUUGUCGACCCGCAACCGAAUCAUUUGAGUUUUUCCAAUAUCCCCAUGUCCCUGCUGAGAACAUUCUCAAUGAUGCUGGGCGAAUUGGAUUUUGUCGGCACGUAUGUCAAUACCUAUUAUCGGGAACAGCUAAAGGUUCCGGUUACAUCAUUUUUAAUAUUGGGCAUCUUUAUGAUUUUAAUGCCCAUAUUGCUCAUGAAUUUACUCAUCGGUUUGGCUGUCGGCGAUAUUGAGUCGGUGCGUCGGAAUGCCCAAUUGAAACGUUUGGCAAUGCAGGUGGUACUACACACCGAAUUGGAACGAAAAUUACCCAAACGCUGGCUGCAGAAAAUCGAUAAAAUGGAAUUAAUCGAAUAUCCGAAUGAAACGAAAGGCAAAUUGGGUUUCUUUGAUUUUAUAUUGCGGAAAUGGUUCUCCAAUCCCUUCACUGAUGAUAGUUCCAUGGACAAUUUGCAAUUCGACAACAGUGAAGAUUAUCUCAACAGCGAACUGGAGAAGCAUCGUCGUAAAUUGCGUGAAAUAACCCGUAUCCUGGAUCAACAGCAUAAAUUGUUGCGAUUAAUUGUACAAAAAAUGGAAAUCAAAACCGAGGCCGAUGAUGUCGACGAAGGCGUCUCUCCCAAUGAUUUACGUGAUAAUAACGGACGCAGUAGUACGAGUAGUGGUUCACGUUGGACCUCACCACGUAUACGGAAUAAGUUAAGAGCAGCGUUAAGUUUUAAUAAGGGUAUAUAG